AUGACUGAUGCACAAGACUCUGACUGUGAAGACUUUCACUCUUCACAUGGUCGAGACUAUGAUACGUUUGUGCAGGAGACAGCUGGCAUCCACAGGCUUUACGAGGCUGGAGUUCCCUUUUUCACAAAGGAACAGCUCCGUGACCUCAGUAGGCAGCUUAAAGAAGCAGAAAACUCUGAAAAGCGAGAUGUACUCAUUAAGGGAUUAGAGGGCACUGAAGAAACUUUUGAAGUCAGAACAGGUGUCACCAGGGCUGGGUCGGAGCCCGGUACAGAAUGGGUUCUCAAGGCACCAGCCAUCGAAUACCGCACCUUUGGGUUUCUCACCUCGUAUAGGGCGUACCAGAUGGAUGGGUAUAGUGACCUCAGUCUAAGGGUCCUCCACUACAUGGAGUUGCGCGACGAAAUUACGAAAGAGUUACGACCUGGUUUCCGCUACGUUGUGGAUUCGGUCAAGACAAUCAAUGAUUCCUUUACAACCAGCAUCCAGAGCUGGGAAGCCAGUGAAUCCUACACGCAACUGCAGAUCAUCGAAUCGCGUGAGAACCUCCCUCCGAUCACAAAGAUUGUUGCCCUCGCGCUAGGUACUAUGCAGCCUCGUUCCAUUGAGAAUUGGGACCAUCGGUCUGAGUUUCAGCAUGCCUUGGCCUUGACAUUGCGUCGCAUCGUGAGUAAGUGCCAGGGAGAGACAGCCGACAAAAUCGAAUGCUUCGCACAGGACCCUGCCUACACCGCUCUUGACAAGUCGAUUCUCGAGAAAUACGAAAUCACUUGUCUGGAGGAUCCAGAUGCUUUCGUGGAGAUUGAUGAUUCCACUAUUGUCUUGACCUUCGCGCCAGAUGUGCCCGUGAGACAAAUCGUUGCGGACAUUGCUCGGCCUGCGAUGAUGAUUUGGAAUACAUGCGAGGAUGAGAUAUGGCUGCAUAACGGCCGUGAGCAGUUCAUGUAG